GUCUUAUCUCUCACCUUGCGAUAACCGAAAUCCGCAUUCCCGCCCCUAGUGAAGCGGGCGCGUCGCGACGCCUACACGUGGCGCCCCUCUCCGGCAGAAAGCGACACCACCGCCCCCACCCCUCCGCGAAAAACUCUCAAAACUUAAUUAAUUCGCCUCUCGCGAUUUCCUUAUGAAUGAUAAUCGCUCGUAAAAAGUUGUCCGCUUGUUUCGGUUGUUUGUCGCCGUCUGCGUGCCGUCUCCGGGUUCGGGCGGCGGGGUGUUCGGGCCAGUCUGGGGGGCUUUCGUCGUGGGCGGCGGUCGCGGCGGCUUCGGUCCGUCCGAGCGCGAAAAUCCGGGCCGGAAUGAGCGCGCGUGUGGCGCGAAAGCUCGCUCCGGAGCGCUCCGGUGAGCAUCCGGAGAGCCAGCGGGCAAAGCCCCCACUCCGGGUGAUGUAUGUGCGCAGCAGCAUCCCUUCCUAUGGGGUGAGCACGGCCGGUGGCUAGUGAGUGGCCUGCCCGACUCCGGCCGAGGCGAGCCGACGCGGACCGACCCAGAAACGGCCGAAAGCUGUCCGCGAGCACGACGACACACGCGUUCGGACCAUUGGCCACUCAGCAUCUCUGGUCCAGGACCGGACAGCAUGGUCACUCCCGAGCCGAGCCAGUGACAGUGCGGUGCAGUGACGUGCAGUGACAUGAGACAUAGCCUCUGAACGAAACCAUCGCCAACAUGAGAAUCAAGAUGCCAGCAGUGCGUAUAGCGCAAGCAGACGCAGACGGGGCAAACACCGACACCCACCAGGAUAUCCUGACCUGCGGCGUCUGCCAGAAGCCCUUCGCCCUCUCGGACAUCGUCCGCUUCAUCCAGCACAAGGUAGCCUCUUGCAACAAGGAGAACUUCGGUCAAUGCUUCGGCGGCAGCGAGCGAGAGCGCGACAACGACGACGGGGCGCUGCCCCUCUCCAGCAUAAACACCCGCCGGCCCAGCAUCUCCGCCCCCAUCUCGGGCAAGAAGGCGUCGGGGAGCCGGGUGCACACGCCGCCGCCGGCCUCCCCCAGGCUGCCGGCACCUGGGGACUUGUGCGUCGACGGCGCCGCGUCGUCCACCCCCAAGCGGCGAGCGUCGGCGUCGCCGCUGACGUCGUCCAGCCUGGAGGACGGCGAGGACAUCAAGCCGGACAUCAAGCAGGAGCGGAUGGACACGACGGAGGAGAGCAGCCAGUGCAAGAAGUCGCGGACGGAGUUCGCCGACGCCGAGUCCAACACGACGCACAGCGAGCCCAGCAACUACGUGUGCAGCACGUGCAAGGCCCGCCUCCACUCCGCCUGGCGGCUGGUGCAGCACGUCCAGCACUCCCACGGCAUAAAAAUCUACAUCGAAAGCUCACCCACCAGCAGCAAGAACAACAACAACCACAGUUCGAGCAGCGCCAGCAGCAGUUCCUCCGGGUGCUCAUCCGGCGGCGGCCCUCCGCCGCCCCCGAGCAUGCGUCACCACCUCUUGCCGCCCCCGGACUUGCACAACCCUUUUGGCGUCGGGGGCCUGCUCCGCCUGCCCUUGCCCCCGCUCAACCACGGUCCAGUUCCUCCAGCUCCGCUGUUCUCGCGGCCGGAGCACCACUACCGCAUCGAUCAACUCGUCAGCGAACAAUUCCGCCACCACGGUUUAAACUUGGCGGCGGCGGCGGCCGCCGUCGCCGCCCAGGGCGUCCCGCCGCCGCACGCCAGCUUUCCGUCGCCGGCGGAACGCGCCCCUUCCGCCUCCAGCGUGCCGUCGCGGGAACGCAGCACGCCCAACCAACCCCUUUCUCUGGAACCGCAGCUGGAUUUUUACUCGCAGCGGCUGAGGCAACUCGCUGGUACUACUAGCCCGGGGGCGGCGCAAGCGAGCUCGCCGUCCCCGCGAAAGCACUCGCCGCCGUUCGCAAGCCCCUCGCCCGUGCCGCCUACCACCAUGAGCAACAACAACAUCAGCAGCAGCAGCAGCAAUAACAACAACAACAACAACAGCAGCCAUAGCGGAGGCAGCAGGGCGGCGAGCACGUCGCCGCCGGCGAAAGAGGAAGGAGGGACGCCGAGGACGGCGUCGACGCCGCCGGGCAAGCCCGAGUCGCCGAGGACGGGGAUCGCGACGGAGCCGAGUCACGCGUGCGACUUUUGCGGGAAAAAGUUCCGCUACCAGAACAACCUGGAGACGCACCGGAGGACGCACACGGGGGAGCUGCCGUACAAGUGCACGGUGUGCGACCACGCGUGCGCGCAGAGCUCGAAACUGAAGAGGCACAUGAAGAUCCAUCGGACGCCCGAGGACAGGACAAGUAACGCGGGCUCGGUGGAGACGCUGGACGGCGACGAGAGCGACGAGGAGGAGGAAGUCGAAGAGGAGGAAGAGGAAGAGGAGGAGCUGGAGGAGGAGGAAGCGGAAGAUUUGAGGGUGCCGUCGCAACUCCCUCCAAAAAACGCGAACCAGUCAGCUUCCCUCGUCGGGGAGCUGAUGGAUAAGUUCGGGUUGAGCAACAUCGCUCAGUACAGCGAAGCCUACAAGCAAGCCCUCCAGGAGUCCAACUCGGCGCUGAAGCUGCAGCUCGCCAGCAAGGACCGCGACAACAACAACAGCACCAGCCUCAGCAACCAGCUGAAGCUCCGCGACGAGUUCAAGAGCCUCCUCCCGGGUCCGCCGCCCCAGCCGCUCCCUCUCUUCCCUCCCUUCAACGACUCGUACGAAGCCUCCAAGCGCCUCAAGCUCGACCUGGAGCGCAACGACUGGUGGCUGCCGGGCCUCCCCCGCGACAGCAAAGGUCUCGCCGGCCCCAGCGCCCUCCUGCCCAACCCCCUCAUCAAGAAAGAGACUAGCCGACGCAACGACACGUGCGAGUUCUGUGGCAAAGUGUUCAAAAACUGUUCGAAUCUGACGGUCCACCGCAGAUCGCACACCGGCGAGAAGCCGUACAAGUGCGAGUUGUGUUCGUAUGCCUGCGCGCAAAGUUCCAAGCUGACGAGGCACAUGAAGACGCACGGCAGGAUAGGGAAGGACGUCUACAGGUGCAGAUUCUGCGAGAUGCCGUUCUCGGUGCCGUCGACGUUGGAGAAGCACAUGAGGAAGUGCGUGGUGAACCAGGGGAAGGGACACCUGUUGUCCACGAUGCCGAUGUUGUCGGGAGACGAGGACUCUUCGGCGAGUAUCGCGUCCAAAGAGGCGACAUGACUCUUUCCCUGGGGCGGCAUGAGGCUACCCCCGCCACCUCCCAGUCUUACGUACUAGCUAGUCGACGGACUUUUAGGGAAUUGUGAUGAGUGAUGAAUGAUGGACGAUUGGACACCGGGAGGCUCCAGGGAUGGGGAUUCCGGGUGGACUGUUCGACGCCGCGGGUCGUCGCGUUCGCGAGAGGGGGACGUGGGGCGCGGCGCGGCCGUCGGGAGAUUUUAGACGAGAAGACGUUCAGAGGUUCUCGACCUGGUUGCGAUAGCCGUUUACGUUUUUUUUUUCGUCCCCACGUCCGCUCCGAUUUGGUCGAUCGCGCGACGCGGUACCGCCGAGGCGGCCCCUUCCGCCCGAAAGGGCCGCCUCGUCGCACUUCCAUGUAACCGAUACCAAAGCAAUGUUUAACUUUCGUAACUAUUAUUGAUUAUUGAGUUUAUUAUUGAUUCAUGUAUAUUUGUAAUAAUUAGGUCGUAGGUUGUUGUUUGAGACUGAGGGCCCUGGAUAGCAUGAUGGCGCGUCUUCAGGCCGUCUCGGGCCCACUGUACAUUCCCGAUCAUAUCAUUUCUGGCCAGUAGCCUUGACUGUACAUAAACAGUAUUUAUUGCCGUGUAGACCCACUGUACUGUACAAAUGUCUCUCAUUAAAUUAUUUCCACUUAAUGUAUAGUAUUAAAUUGUAUAGAUCCAUGUUUUUCAAAGUUACUCUUUAAUGUUGGUGUUAGACAAAUCGAGAAACCGCCCUGUGCGUCGUCAGGGUCGUCUAUAGAUUUAAUUCAGGGUCAGAUAAUCUAUAGGGCAUAUCCGCAUUUGUUUCAUGAUUCCUAUCGUCAGCCACCUUAUUCCGGGAAAACCACGAAUACGGUGGCCGAUUGCCGUUUUGUAUGCAAUAUAGUACUACCGUGGACCAGGGUCUGUUCUUGUAGUAUUGCCGGAUUCAAUUCAAUGUAACUGUAUUAAUGUUAAUAUGUUAUUUCGAAUAUUUUUAUUUAUUUCGACAUGGCUGUAGCACUACGGUGUUCGUAUGGGCUGCACUCACUUAAUAUAAUCGUGUUCCUAUACUGAACUCCCAUUUCAGUGUGUAUUAAAUUAAAUCUAUUACAAUAUUGA